CAUGUUAAGCCUGUGGUUGGCCAGAAACAGUGGAGUCCUUUACCAAUCACAGCAUACCCCCAGUCAACGGCUCUAUUUCUGGGCUGAGGGUAGUUGCAGAGAACAGGUUGCCCUGUAAUUAUCAUUCUGUUUAGCAAACAGCCAAGCUGGUCAUUUACAACUGCCUGAUGCUUAAUUCCCCAUGGAGGAAACCUAAGGCAUCCAUCGUCAAGACAUCUCCCACCUUAGAUGCAGCUGAGCCCUUGGAGAAGCUGCCUCUUCUGUUGUGUGCGUGCUUGGCCCCUUUAGAACAGAACCAUGUCAAUUGCACACACGGCUGGCAAUUACAUGCUCUCGGAUGCGCUGCUGCCAGAGCCAAACAGGUCCAGGGCAAAAGGGCUUCACUUGGAGCUGCCAUGCGAUCGCAUCAUGAAGUUUGUCACAGUGGGGCUCCCACUCUUCUUGGUGUCUCUCAUGUUUGCCCAGGAAUUUUCCACUGGAUCCCAAAUCAGUUGCUUCUCUCCUGGCAACUUCACAGCAGAGCAGUCUCAUUUUGUUGAUGCCGUGUGCUGGGACUCCUUGCUUCGCUACAAUUCUGAACCUGCGAGGGAUGCUGCAUCCAAUUCCCUCUGGGUCUUCAAGGUCUUCCCAUAUUCUUUGCUGGUCAUUGCAGUUGCCAUGUAUCUGCCUUAUCUGCUGUGGAAGUAUGCAGCUGCCCCCUCACUCAACUGCGAUUUGUUCUUCAUCAUUGAUGAACUAGAUAAAUCCUACAAUCGUUCCAUCCGCUUGGUGCAAUACAUGGUGAAGCUCCAGCAAUCGGAAGAGGAUCCAGAGGAUUUUUGGGAGGAGCUUGACCUGGCUCGCAGUGAGAGAUACUUUGAGUUCCCUCUCCUGGAGAGAUACCUGACUUGCAAGCAACGUUCCCAUUACUUGAUCAUCAUUUACGUAUUGAGGAACCUCUUCCUCCUCUUUCUUCUGGCUGUCAGCUGCCUCUACUUGGGAUACUGUCACUUGCAGGUCUUUUUUCAUGAUAAAUUCAGAUGUUCAAUCAAGGAAGGGCUUCUCGAAGAAUCUGAUGUUCCAGACUGGAUUCCUUGCAAGCUGGUUUUCUUCUCCAUUUUCCAAGUUACCAGCAUCUGCCUUGGGUCUGUGUACAUCCUUCUGGGCCCAGUUGUCCUCUACCACCUGCUUCAGCUGUGUCAGUGGGACAAGCGGCUUCUGUCCAUUUAUGAAAUGCUGCCAGCAUUUGAUCUCCUGAGCAAGAAAAUGCUGACUUGCCCAUUUAAUGAUCUCAACAUCAUCUUACUCUUCCUGCGGGCCAACAUCUCCGAAGUCAAAUCUUUCAGUAGACUGAGCGUACUGAGUACUCUCAAGGAUAUUUCACCCAACAAAGAAAGCAUAGACACAGUCGUGGAUUUUAUGACCCUCCUUGCUGGCCUGCAGCUAGCAAAGCCAAAGCAUAAUUCCAAUGCCAACGAGAAUUUGCUCCAUCUUGAGAAUGAAGCUGAAAUGAAAUCUAUUUUGGAAACCAAAGAAAACUGACUCAGGAAUGGAUUCGAUAGAGCAGCAAAA